AACACUAUUCAAUCAUAGAAAAGAAACUCAGCGAGAGCGAUGAAGUUAUAAAGAGGAUCAACAAACCAAAAUCCUCUUUUGCUGAAGUUCGAAAUUUGAGCCAACAGAUAGGCACCUCAGACCAGGGCAAGUACGCAUACAACCAGAAGUUUAAAGGUAAGAUUGUGAACCAAAUCAAUCUCAAAGUAAGUCCACUCUUACGUUUGUCAAAGAAGAUACGAGUAUCAAUGGUAAGAAAUGUAAGUCAACUACUACUGAAACUCAGCAUAAGAACUCAGAAAAGAAUUUUCUGCCUACUUAUCACUAUU